AUGGCCAACAAGGCUGAGUCCCUGACGGCAGACCCAAAGCCUAAUCAAGGGCCCGGCGCUACCGUUUUCGUCACAAAGUCAAUCCUGACCACUUCGGACGAAGCAGAUGCAGAUGCAGCCACCAAACAUACCAAGUCCCGCCCUUGGCGCUCGGUCCUCCGCUAUGUCUGGGAUGAUCCCGGCAAGUCCAAGGAAGAAAAGUGGUUCCUUCUCAAGCUUGACCUAUGCCUCCUCUCCAUAUCCUGCCUUGGCUAUUUCAGUAAGAGUCUUGAUCAAGCCAAUAUCAACAACGCCUAUGUGUCUGGCAUGAAGGAAGCGCUCCACAUGGACGGCAGUGAGUUGACGUAUGCCUCCAAUGUCUUCACCGCCGGCUAUGUCCUGGGUCAGCUCCCUGCCGUUAUACUUGCCCGACAUGUGCGGCCGUCGAUCCUGCUUCCCACCAUGGAACUCUUGUGGACCGUCUUUACGUUCUGUAUGUCGGCCGUCACGACGACUUCGCAGAUGUAUGGCCUGCGCUUUCUCCUUGCCGUCUGCGAAGGCACCUACUUUCCGAGCGUCGUCUACAUCAUCGGGUCUUGGUACACCAAACGCGAACUCGCCAAACGCAUGACCAUCUUCUAUGCCACCGCACCCAUUGCUGCCAUGUUUAGCGGGUACCUACAAGCCGGCGCGUACAAGGGCUUGAACGGCAGGCUCGGCCAUUCGGGUUGGCAAUGGCUGUUUAUCAUCUGCGGUGUCGUCAGUCUCCCCAUCGCGCUGAUCGGGUACGUGUUAUUCCCAGACUUCCCCGAGACGACACGGGCCAUCUACCUGACGGAGCGUGAGCGGGAACUGGCGCGGGCGAGGAUGCUCAACGAGGGCAUGAAACCGCUGGGCGCCUCAGCCUGGAACCGCACCAAGAUCUUCAAGCUGGCCAAGCAGUGGCAGUUCUGGCUUCUCCCGCUGGGCUAUUUCUUUGUCCAGACCGGCUUCCCCGUGCAGCAGCCGGCAUUUGCCCUUUGGCUGAAGUCGACCAAUCACACCGUUUACGAAAUCAACGUCUGGACGACCGGCCAGUUCGCCGUCGCCGCCGUUUCGCAAGUCGUGGCCGGUAUGCUCUCGGACUCGCCCCUCUUCCAGGGCCGGCGGUGGCAGUCGCUGCUGCUGCUCCAGGUCCCCUGCUUGAUCGGCUCCAUCAUCAUCGCCGUGUGGGACGUGCCCGACAGCGCCAAAUUCACCAGCUACUACCUGUGCUUUACGGCCAUGGGCGUGCCGGGCAUCUACUUUUCCUGGUUCUCCAGCCUGAUCCCGCACGACCACGAGUUCCGCGGCUUUGUCAUUGCCACGUCCAACAUGUUCAGCUACAUCAUGGGCAUCUGGUGGACCUUGACCGUGUGGCGGACCGUGCUGGCGCCCAAGUUCCACGCGGCGUUUAUCGCGUCGUCGUGUCUGGGCUGUGCGCUGAUCGUGCUGGCCUUUGUCAUUCGCGUGCUCGAGAAGCGUGAUCAAAGGAAACGUGCUGCCGCUGCCGCUCUCGACGCGGGGACGGGGGUCGAUGAUGACGAGGACGAGGAGAAGACGACCGCCAAGGAUGUGAACAAGUUGUCGUCGCAGGUUGAUCCAGCCGUCGUUGCGAAGACUGGGAUUGGGCUGGAAGUUGUCAAGGUCUGA